UUAAAGUUUUCGAUCUGUUAUUUCGUUCACUUUGAGCGGAUCCUGAUUGGACCCCAUAUUGUGGGGCCAGAAUGAAGGGUCCCUCAGCUCUGACGAGGGGGGGGUCAGAUACAGGUUAUAACCCCCCUCUCUUUCUCCUCCCUUUGACAUGAAGCUCUCUCCUCCAGUCUCACUUUCUUCUUCUGUCUUUCAUUCGUCUCUCAUAUCUCUUGGUCCCUUUCUCCUGGUUCUCCUCUUCCUCCUCUGAGUUUCCAUCUUUUCUCCUGCUCCUCUUCUUCCAGUUUUCUUUUCCAUCUCCUCAUCAUUUCUUUCCUCUUGUGGUUCCUGCCUCGCCGCUCUCUCCAGCUCUCCUCCUCUUCCUCCCACACUCUCUCCCGUCUUCUGCUCCUCUCGCUGCUGCCUCCACCCUACCACUCCCCCCUCAUUUGCAACCCUCUUCCUCACUUAAUUCCCCGACCAUUUUUUCCUCUCCUUCAAAGUUUCCUCCUCUCUCCCUCCCCUCCUCCCUGAUCGCUCCCUCUUACUGUCGUCUCUCUCCUCGUCUCUCCACCUCCUUGUUUCGAGCAGCAGAGUCGGUGAGCGGAGGAGGCAGCAGGAGUCUCAUUCAGCUCGGCAUCAAAUCUUUGCGCUCCUUCCUGGGCGUAGCAGUGUGGGGUUUCCAGCAUCUCCUCGCUCUGAAGGGCUCAUCUUCCAGACCUCCUUCAUCUUUGAGGAUGAAGAUCUUCCUCCUUCACUCCAGAGAGUGCGCCCCCCCAGCAGCCCUCCUUCAGGAGAAGCUCUGACUGGCCAUUGAACUGUCUUGAAGCCCUCGCUGUCAGGAGCUGCAGGAUAUUUUUGGAUGUUGUCAGGAUUUAGUAACUUUUUUGUGGCUCUUUGGUGUGAAACCUGCAGGAUGACAGCAAGUGACCCCCCCCAGUCCUGAAACCAGGAUGGACUUCUGGGAUCCGUCCCAUUCUGUGACGGACACAGCUCCCGCCACUCUGCCCCCAAACGGUUCUCUGGAAAAUGUCAGCCAGACGUCCUCUUCCCCCCUCAGGCCCGCCCCUCUGCCUCCCCACUCGCAGGUGGCGUCGGCGUUCAUCAUGCUGGUGGUGGGGGUCAUCAUCCUGGGCACGGUGGUGGGGAACGUGCUGGUGGUGGUGGCGGUGUUCACCAGCAGGGCCCUCAGGGCCCCCCAGAACCUUUUCCUGGUGUCCCUGGCUUCAGCUGACAUCCUGGUGGCGACGCUGGUCAUCCCCUUCUCCCUGGCCAACGAGGUGAGGAAGCCAUCAACGUGCACGUCUGAGUCUCCCAGAGCAAAGGGAUGUCGUUCACGUUCUGUCCUUUAUUUAUCCAGGCAGGACAGAUUAAGAACAGCAUUCUUAUUCUCAACUUUGUAAAAGGCAAGACCUUUUGAGAAAGACAGAAGAGAUUACAAGAACAAGAAAUAAUAUUGAAUAGAAUCAGAAAAAACAUGUUCUAAAAUAUGAAACCCAAAAAUCUUUGCAUUGUGUAACAGCAGCAUUUAUCUUUAAAA